CGUCUGUUGUUCUGGUUUGGAAGUAGGAGCGUCUUUGACAGCGAACUGCUUCCAGCGAACCCUUUUGGGAGCAACAAUUUCUGCAUUUGUGUGUUAUUUACGCGUGGAGACGUAAGUGUAUGAAGGAGGAGAAGAUGAAUGUGGAGGCUCUAAGCAGAGCAGAGCUACUGACACUCCUCAGUAUCUUGGAGGGAGAGCUUGAGGCCCAGGAGGUGGUCAUUCAUGCCUUUAGAGCUCAACACAAAGAUUCUUUCGUCCAAGAGCGUUAUGGCCAGUACAACCUCAGUGAUCCAUUUCUGGCUUUGCAACGGGACAGCAAAGUAGCAGAGAACCAAAGCAGAAUUGCUCAAACUCAUGCAGACCUGCAGGAGCAAGGGGUGGGCCCUAACCCUCUGGCUGUACUGAAACUGGUCAUGGCCCACUGCAAGAGGAUGCAGGAAAGGAUGAUGAGACAGUUGGCAGCAACUGAGAGCAGACACAAAAAGAUGAUAGGUGAUCUAGCGAAAGACAAACUACGGCACACCCAUGAAUCUGCGCAGAGUGACAAUUUUUCUUUGAUUCUACAAACCGAAAGAGAUGAACUCUUACAACAGCUUGAAAUUGAGCGAGCAGCCGUGCGGCAACUUGAGAGGGCACAGGAGGAGGCCAUGAGCCAGGCAGAGGACUCACUGACCCAGCAUCAACAGCUAUCAUCUACUCUCAGCCUGGAGCUCCAAAAAGCCAGCACCCGGGCAGAUGAGGAGGCUCACAAGGUCUUAGAGCUCCGUACUAUGUUGCAAGAGGAGACAGGAGCGGUGGAAAAGCUACAGAAGCUCCUUGAAGAGGAAAAAAACAGAUCAGCUGAGUUUGAGGCUGAAAAUAAGAGGAAGCUUGCUGAAUUUACCACUGAGCAAGUCGAAUUGAAAGCCAGACUCAUCAAUGAAGAGUUUAAGAGUAAGGAACUGAGGAGACAACUUGAACAUCUGAAAAAGAGGUUGGCUGAAACCAGUGAGCGAAAGGAGGUAUUGACAGUGAUAAACGAGUUACCAUCCAAGGUGGCAGUUGCAUCCACCGCCAUUCAGACGGAGCCUGAUGGGAAAGUUAUUGUCCCCGCAAAAGGAUCAUCACUGGUAAAGGUCAAUGGCCAUCACACUGUUAAAGAGACAGAUCAAACUCAGGAAGAAAGAGGAACAGAAAACGUAGGGAUACAGGAAAACGGGGCAGGGGCAAGUUUACAUUCUCCUCUCACUCCUCAUCCUCACAAUAUACCUCAAUCUCCGUCAAGCACAGCCUCUUCUUCCCUCUCCUCCUCUCCUAUUUCUUCACCAGUUUUGGUCAAACAUCUUAACAGCCCCGGAUUCCAUCAGUCCUCCUACCAGGCUGGAGUCAAUCAGCGAUUCCAAGCUGCCCGACACAAGUUUCAAACCCAGGCGGAGCUGGAGCAGCAACAGCAUGGUGGCCCUCUUUCCCCCAGGGACCUCUCACCCACCACCUCCUCCAUCUCUCCACCACCAGAACACAGUGCAGCCAAGCAGCUGGCCCGCAACACUGUCACACAGGUGCUGUCCCGGUUCACUAGCCAGCAGGCCGGUGUCAAACUGUCAAACUCUCCAUUUGGUACAGACUACCGUAAUGUAGCUGUGUCACCUCCUGGGGGGAGGUCACCUUCUGGGCAUUUAUCUCCAGGUAUCCGAUCCCCUCUCACUCCGCGAUCAGAGAGGACUCAUCCUCCUCCAAUUCCUCCUAAGAAGCCAGGUAUCAGUCAGACUCCGGGGUCCCCAAGUCAUUCCGCCCAGACCAGCCUAUUCCCAGAGCUUUCAGGGAACUGCGGACCCACCAGCUGCGGACCAGAUGGGACAACAGAGGCGGUUUUAUCUUCUACCAGUUAAUGUUUCAAUCACACUGACAAACCCUUUUCAAGUGCACACAAUUUUCUACUUGCCAUACAAGCUGUGCCACAUACAACCCAGUUGUUUUGGUUUUUUCGCACAGCUGCCUCUCUGGAGGCCUACACAGUCAGAAAGAUACAUUGAGCCAGAAAAUAUAAAAUUGCCUUUUGGCAUGUUCAGACAACUGCAAAGAAUGGCACUGGACGUUGAAUAAGGUGCAAGAUUUAAGAACCGUCUGUGAUGAUUAAUGCUGAUGUUGCGCACUGUGCGCAUUCCCGAUAUUAUACAGCAGUACAGUGAAUCUAUAAAUCUGACAGUUACACUUGCAGCAACUCUCACACCCACCCACAAACAUGCUGAAACUUCCGGCACUGCAGGUUAAUGCUGAACUGUUAAAAACUGUAUAUGGGAUUUAAGUGCCGUAGAUUUUAGAAUGCACGUUGUUGCCACUCAUCCACAUAUAGUAACUUGUAUUUUGAAGAAUAUUACACUGUAAAUCAGAUGCAGUCAAGUAAAUAACUGUACUUUUUCUAGUACACAAACUGCACUGCAAUACUAACGUGUCUGUUGAUCGCAAAGACCUCUACUUUAACCAAAUCUAAAUGGAUGUUUCAAGUUAUUAAGAAAAUUGCAACCAUUUAUUGGCUAUGGCAAAUUCAUUGUGUUUUAAUAGAUUUUUAAACGCUUUAGAAAUGUUUGUACAUACACUACUUUUUACUUAGAUUUACCAUCAAGAACACCUGCCGGAGUCUCUAAAUUCACUAACAUUCGCAGACGCAGCAAUCACAGAACAGGAGGAGCCAGUCAAUCAAUUUCUGACAAAAUAAUUGAAUAUUUUAGCAGACACAUAAAGGAGAAAUAAACUACAUUUUUGUGCUUA